AUGGCUCUCUAUGCCAGGAUUAUUUAUAUCUUGACUGGACUAACAGGAGUUCACAGCAUAACUACAGUCAGUAAAGUCUCAGUGAAAGCUGGACAAUCUAUCUCCAUCCCAUGUCUCUAUGAGUCCCAAUACAAAAACCAUGUGAAGUACUUGUGUAAAGGAUAUUAUUGGAACUCCUGCAGCUAUGCAGUAAAAACAAACAAAGCAGACCCUUCAGGAAAAUAUUCAGUCUCUGAUGACAAAAACCAGCAAAUUUUCACUGUGACUAUAAACCAGCUGGCAUAUGAAAACACUGACUACUGGUGUGUGGUGGAGAUUAAUAAUGGAGCAGAUUAUGGAAAAUAUUUUAAACUGUCAGUUACCAGUGGUACCCCCAGUCUCUAUGUGAAUCAUCAGAGGAUUACAGGAUACAUUGGAGAAAGCAUAACUAUUAGAUGCCACUACAGUUACUCUGGAGAAAUGAAGUGGUGCAGGCUAGGCAGGAACUGUGUGACAGGAUCAUCUGGAUCCAUAGAUGGAACAACAGUGACCACUCAUAUGAGCAAACCAAAUGUUUUCACAGUGACCAUGAGUGGACUAAAGUCAGAGGACAGUGGCUGGUAUUGGUGUGCUAAAGGGGACAUUCAGAUACCAGUAUAUUUAUCUGUUACUGAGAAACCAAUCACCACCACUGCCCCUACUGUUGCUCAAGUUACUGGAAAUGGAACAAUUCACACAUUUGAAGACAAACAAGAAAGAGUUCCGUUUGACCUAAAGAUCCUCAUCAUUCCUCUGAGCCUGCUGAUCGUGGUUGUAAUUGUAGCUUAUCUUAUCUGGUUUAUAAUAAGACGAAAGCUGAGAAAAGCAGAAUCAACUCCCACAGCAAAGAUUGAUGAGGAAGUGACAUACGCCAGUGUAAGAAAUGUGGGAAGAAAAACAGCUGAGAGGUCAUUUACAGAAGGUGAUGGGGAAAUCACAUACAGUUCAGUUGUGACCAUAAAGAAUCAAAGUAUCAAAAUGGGUGAAGGGAAAGGCACAGAAGUUACAUACAGCACAUUAGCUACUCUCCACUGAAAUAUUUAAAUAUUAUAAUUUGGUUACUUUUUUCUAAUUUUUAACUGUUGUUUAACAAACUAUAUUCCUGCAUAUUUGCAAAGGGAGUCAAAGAAGCGUUGAUCUGUUUGCUCUUUUAUCAAGAUCGUUGACAUUAUUCUUGUUUUUUAUUGUAAUA